AUGGCAACUGUAUUCGUACCCCCAUCGCCACGAAACUCCCUGACCAUGGCGACUCGUCGUCCACUCGCAAACGUGCCGAAUGCAACCAAUUCUCCACACAGGGCAGGCCAUCUGCCAGCUAAACGAUCUCGAUCUACCCAGAUGGAAAUUCCCUAUGGUCAACCACCACCCAAGAAACAAGUGAUGGACGGAAUGGACUACGAAGCAAGCAGGUCGACAGCGUCGACAACAACCUGCCAAAACACAGACUCGAAACUCUUCGCUCGACGAUCGAACGCCGCUCCAAGUGCCUUUGAGAAGAAGCUAGUUGCUGCCAGAGAGAAGGAACGCCAGCCGCUGGUCAAGGCAGUCAGAGCCGAGAAGGCCCCGGCAGACACUAUGGAUUCCAUUCGACAAUGGCAACGUCACUAUCGGAAGGCAUUCCCUCAGUUCGUCUUCUACUUUGACAGUAUUCCGGAGGAUAUGCGACGGAAAUGCUCUCGCCAAGUCAUGGCUCUUGGUGCUUCAGAGGAGAAAUUCUUUUCACGUUCUGUGACCCACGUUGUCACUUCGCGUACGAUCCCGCCAGAAUCUACCGCCCCUACAGCAGAGGUAUCUGCCCCCGCGACUAACGGUGACAGCAAUGUCCAAACUGUCAAUCCUUCACUCCUGGAGCGGAAUGGCGAGGCCCAUCUCCAUACAUCAUUGAAAACCGAGACACGUCGAGACCAAGGCACUAUGGAUGUUCUGCAAAGAGCUCGGCAAAUGGGUAUGAAGAUCUGGGCUUUGGAGAAGCUGCAGCGUAUGAUCAACACCAUUAACGACAGUGAUAUCUGUUCUCAAUACGAAAAUGCCUCACGAAACAAGGCUGCAAUUGGUGCGAACGGCAAGGUUGAAAACGAUUUAUCACGGGUCCUUCGCCAGGAGCUCCUGAACGGACCGUCCGAUCGUGACCCUUUGGCAUCCAUGGAAAUGGUAAUGUUCAAGGGUCCAUUUGUAUACAUCCACGACAUGAAUGAAAAGACCAAGCCAGUCAUGGUCCGUGAGUACCCUCGAGUUGCCAGGCGGCAGGAUGGUUCUUGGCCACAGUUCAGAAGUGCGCCUCUCGGAAAGUGUCCUUUCAUCGAUGAACCUCCAAGCCGAAAAGAAUACGACCGACACAGACUACGUCAACUCCAGAAGGAGAAGAAAGCGGCCGCUCUCAAGGCCGAUGGAAAUCGUGAUGCUAAACCGAAGGCUCCGGCUCCGGCUCCCAAGGCCCUCGAAGGCGGGCAAGCGACAGAGAUCCCCAGGCCCUCUGCCACCCAGGAUGUGCGCGUCUCGCAUCCAGUUCAGCCUGAAAUGCAGAAGCCCUCGAUUGAUGAGUCUCAUGUACGAAAGAGUUCAGAAAGUUUCAUCCCUCCUCACUUCCCUCGGACUGGACCUUUCUACACUGGACAUGAACCUGCAGCUUCAGGUGUUCAGCCAUCCAACAUGACAUCCGCUAUUCGAUCUCAGAUGAUCUCGUCUACUGCUGCUGCACCUGGCGCAAAAGCAGGUCUAAGCAAAGAGGUUCAUGGGCUCAAGCGAAAGGUUCUUGAGAAGGGCACUGGUGGUUUCACACUUGGAUCAAUGGCCGCGCCACAACGAUCUGCGGCAAUGCCCAUGAAAGACAACCUCAACCCUCCUGGCAAAUCAAACCUUCGCCACAAUGAAACCGAAGGUCACCAGGAUGCUGCUGGCUCCAAACGGAGCAGAGAUGAGAAGGAUGCCCAACAAAAGAAGCCCGAACGCCGGAGGGAUCCUAAGCCCGGCUAUUGUGAGAAUUGCACAGACAAGUUUGAUGAUUUCGAAGAGCACACCCUGACCCGGAAACAUCGCCGCUUUGCUGCGAACUCGACCAACUGGGCAGAGCUUGACGCCCUUCUCUUCGAUAUCCAGCGCCCCCUCAAAGACGAGUACGAACAUGAUGAAUAG